AUGGCGGCACUGUUGCUGCAGGAGUUGGGCGACUCUGAGAUUUCUAAAAUACCCAAAUCGGUCCAGAACAAGCUGGAGAGGAUUCUGUCGGACCAGCAGUAUGAGGUGGAUUCUCUGAAGGCCCAGCAGGAGCAGUUCCGGGUGGAUAACGAGCAACACUUCUUUGAAAAGGUGAAACAGCUGGCCCACUGUCAGGAGGAGUUCCGGUCCCAGACUCAAGAGCAUCUGAAACUCAAAGAUGUGUCGACUAAGCUUGAGGAGGAUCUCAAAACGGAGCGUGAGAAGAACAGUGAAUAUGAGGCUGUCCAAGAGAGGCUGUCGUCCGAGCAGACUCUGCUGUCGAAAGCCAAAGAGGACCUCGAGGCAGAAAAGCGAGAUCUUGUGCGAACUCUGGAAAGGAGAUCGUUGGAAGUGGAGCAUGUGAAUGAUGACUUGAGGCAGCUCAAUGAUAAGCUGGUGGAAGUCAACACCUCUAAGAUGUCCUUGCAGAUGAAGCUAGAUGAGCUUGAAGCUGCCGAAGUCAACAUUAAAUACAAGGAGAAGCGAAUGGAACAAGAGAAGGAGCUUCUGCAUGGCCAGACAUCUUGGCUCAAUGAGGAGUUGAAGGCAAAGAGUGAGGAGCUUCUCUCUCUCUCCAGACAGAAGGGAAACAAGAUCCUGGACUUGAAAUGUUCCCUGGAGAACAAAGAAGAUGAGUUGAACCGACUCCAAGACCAAAUGGUUAGUUUGAAGACUUCAAAUGAAAAUCUUCAGAGACAGAGCGAGGACAUGAUCAGCAAACUGAAAGACGCCAAGGAACAACAAGCCAAUGUGGAGGAGAAGUUCAGAAAUGAGUUGAAUGCCAACAUUAAGCUCUCCAAUUUAUAUAAGGGUGCGGCUGCAGAUGCUGAGGCAAAAAGUGAAGAGUUGAGUCUGGCUGUGGAGGAGCUGCAUAAACUGUUAAAGGAUGCUGGAGAAGCCAACAAGGUCCUUGAGGAGAAGUUACAGGAGAGUAGUGGAGCCACAGACAAGGCUGUCGCUGAACUAAAUGAGAGGAUCCAGAGUCUAGAGAAAGAGCUGGAUAACGCCAAUGAUCUGCUGUCGAGCUCUAAACUUAGAGGCCCACUCGGAACAUCAUCUAUGCUGACAGAAGAGCAAAUGACAACAAUGUCUCCAACAGCUGCUACUGUGUCCAAGAUCAAACCUGGUGUGAAGCUGACUGAGUUGUAUACUGCCUAUGUGGAGAGCCAGGAGCAGCUGCAGUUGGAGCGCCUUGAGAACAAACGAGUCAACAAGUACCUGGAUGACAUCGUGCAGGAAGUGGAGGCCAAAGGGCCAAUUCUCAAACGGCAACGGGAUGAGCACGAGCGCAUGCAGAAGUCAGUGACCAGUCUGUCUGCCAAACUGGAGCAGGCUGUCAAGGAGGUGCACCGCCUGCAGAGGGAGGCUGAUGAGGCCAACAAGCAUUCUUCAGUCCUAGAACGGGACAACCAGAGAUGGGAAAGGCAGCUGUCUGAUAUGGCUCAGCAGGUACGUGUGCUGCUCAUCGAGCUUGAAGAGGCUCGUGGAAACCAUGUUGUUCUCGAGGAGGAUGUGAGCUCAGCCGACAUCAGCAGCACGUCAGAGGUGAUCAGCCAACAUCUGGUGACCUUCCGCGGUGUGGAGGAGCUUCAGAAGCAAAACCAACGUCUUCUGGUCGCCCUCAGGGAGCUCAGUGAUGCCCAAGAGAAAGAGGAGUUUGAGGCGACUGUCGGCAGACAUGGGGAGCUGGAGCAGAGUUUGGGGAAGGCUCAGGUGGAGCUGGAGUCCCUGAAGGAGCAGCGCAGUCAGCACAAUAAAAUGACAGAGUCCAUCGUGAGGCAGAGGGACAUGUACCGUGUGAUGCUGGCUCAGGCAACCGGAGUGAGCUUUCCUCAGCAAGAUGCACCACCCGAGGAUUUCUCCCUGACCUCCACGCCUCGACGCUCACCUGCAGCCACUCCCACUACAGGAACACCCACUGCUCUUGUCUCCAUGGCAACAGAGUCUACUGAAGCUCUGGAGGCCAAGGCUGCCCUGCGACAGUUGCAGGAGGUGUUUACCUCUUAUAAAAAGGAGCGUUUGGAGAGUGACAAGGUGUCGACUGUGCAGAGCGAGAAGUUCCAAGAGCAGCUCUCUGACCUCCGCUCCCAGAAUGCCAAAAUAUCCACGCAGUUGGAGUUUGCCUCCAAAAGGUAUGAGAUGCUUCAGGACAACGUUGAGGGCUACAGGAAGGAGAUUGCCUCCCUACGAGAGAAAGAACAGAAGAUGAUUGCUGCUACACAGAAGCAGGAGCAGACUAUCCACAUUUUGAAUGAGGAUCUGAGAGCUGCCAAAGAGAAACUCUCCAUGGCGGAGGGCUGCGCUGAAGGCCUGCGUAAGGAGAGAGACUUGCUGAAGUUGGUGGAGUCCAGAAUGAUACAGGAGAAGGAAACAAUCCAGAGUCAACAACAGAGCCAGACUAUGCUGCUGACCAACCUCCAGACUAUCCAGGCGACUCUUGAGCGUUCAGAGACCGACACACGCCAGCGUCUUGACACCCAGUUGGAGAAGCAGGAACGAGAGAUCUCCCAACUGCAGAAGCGGCUGGAGAACGAGGUGGAGCAGCGCCACAUGCUCAGCAGAAACCAAGAAAUCCAGUUAAUGGAGACAAAGAGGCAAGUGGAGACGCAGGUCGCUCUAUACCAGAAGACCAAAGAGCUGCUGAGUGCUGCUGAGUUGGAGCUCAACUCCCUCCGGCUGCAGCAAGGCAGCAGCGAAGCACAUCAUCCCCUGAGCUGCCCCUCCACACCCAUCACCAGAGGCCUGCAGGUAUCAGAUCAAGACAGAGAGCACCUUCAGGGCCGCCUGAGGUUGGCUGAGAGCCGCGUGGAGGAGCUGGCAGAGAGCCUGAAGGCAGUCACCUCCAGCAUGGAGCAGUACAGAGCCAUGGCUCAGAGCCUGGAGGAGUCCCUGGAUAAAGAGAAGAAGGUAACUGAGCAGGCACGCUCAUCCAUUGAAGCCAAUAUGAAGGAGGCUGAGAAUCGGCACCGAAAGAUUGAGGAGAAGCUUCUUGAAGCAGAGAAAGAGAAGCAAUGCGUAGAAGAGCAGAAGAAGAUAGCUCUGGCUUCACUGGAGGAACAGAUAAACAAUCUAAGGAAAGGUUUAAGCAACGCUCAGGCAUCUCAGCAGGCGGCACUACAGCGAGUAGCACUGGCUGAAGCUCAGCAGCAGAAGGCGGUUCAGGACAGCCAGGAGCAUGCUAAGCUGGCAGCAGAAGCACAGGAUAAAUAUGAGCGGGAGAUGAUGCUGCAUGCAGCAGACGUGGAGAGUCUGCAGGCUGCAAAGGCUCAGGCGCGGCAGGCCGUCGAACUCAAACACCAGUUGGAAGAGAAAGUACAGAGGGUCGGCACUGAGCUCCUGGAGGCCAGAAUCUCCUGGGAGGAGCAGGAAAAGAUCCUCAAGGAGGAAAUGACAAAGAUUGAGAGUCGCUUUGAGGAACUGCAGAGACAGAAUGUUCUCCUGCAUGAGCAGAUCCAGGCAAUGAGCAGCAAGAUGGCUGAAAGCUUGCAGCGUGCUGCCAGCGAGAGUACUAUGAACAUUUCCCUGAGUGAAGAGGGCAAAUCUCAAGACCAAGUGCUUGAGAUUCUCAGGUUUGUGCGUCGGGAGAAGGAGAUCGCAGAAUCCCGUUAUGAGGUUGCCCAAGGUGAGACUCUGCGUCAUCGGCUGAGGGUGGAGCACCUGGAACGAGAGCUGAAGGAGAUGCAGGACAGCUUGAGUGCUGCAAGGGACAGGAUGCAGGUGACAGCAAAGAGUCUGGCUCAGCACGACGAGCUGAUGAACAAGACAGAAACGAUGAGCAUCCUGAUGGAGACCAACAAGAUGCUGAGAGGGGAAAAGGAAAAGUUGGAGCAGGAGCUGCAACAAACCCAAGCUAAGUUGCAGAAGCUGGAGUCAGACCUCCUGCCAAUGCAGCAGGCCAACUCUGAGCUGAGUGAGAAGAGUGGCAUGCUGCAGGCGGAGAAGAAGAUCCUAGAAGAGGAGAUCAAGCGCUGGAAAGCUCGAACGCAGAAUUUGGUGAGUCAACAGAAAGAUUCCGACCCAGAGGAGUACAAGCGUCUGCACUCUGAGAAGGAGACACAACUCAAACGCAUCCAGCAGCUCUUUGAGGAGACUAUCAGACUUAAAGCAGAUGCGUCCAGGAGCAGUAACUUGACAACUACCCUACAAGGCCAGAUACAGAACUUGCGUGACACUAUGGGUAAGAUAACUGAUGAGCGCAAUUCGCUGAAGAUGGAUGUGGAUACCAAGAACCAGGAGAUCCUGGAGAAGAAUCGAACCAUCACGCAGGUCAAGAAGAUCGGGCGUCGCUACAAGACUCAAUAUGAUGAACUCAAGGUGGAUCAUGACAAGAUGGUUGCUGAGGCCGCAGCAGGUCCCUCCCAAGAAGAAGAGGCUCGUCAGGCGUCAGUUCAGGAACUCCAGAGCCUCAGAGAUUCUCUAAACCAGGCUGAAGCCAAGACCAAAGAGCUGGAAGGACAGCUGGAGAACAUAAACAAGGUGGUCACAGAGCGCGAGACUGAAGUGCGUAACACCCAGGAACAGUCGUCCAGAAUGCAGACAGAGCUGACCAGGCUGAGGCAGGAUUUGCAGGAUAAGACUUCACAGGAGGACACGCUGAGGCAGCAGAUGACCAACAAAGAGGAGAAGACCAGAAAGGCUCUUGUUUAUGCCAGACAGAGGAUCAACCAGCUCACUGGCUCCAAAGACUCGCUGCAGAAGGAAAAUGAUGAGCUAAAGCAGCAGCGUGAGGAGCUGGAGGUUCGAGUGAGCGCUCUCAAGUCCCAAUACGAUGGUCGCCUGAGUCGGCAGGAGAGAGAACUGAGAGACCUGCGAGGUCAACAGGAGCGACAAGAGCAGAGAGAUGAGCCAGCUGAGGCAGGUCCUAGCAAGACCCAGGAGCAGCAGCAGAGGAGCACAGAGCAGAGGCAGAUCAGUCUGAAGACGACUCCAGCUGCAGACAGGGGCAGUGCCAGCACCUCUGAAACUCCAACUGCCAACAUUAAGCCAACGCCUGUAGUUGCAACAGGCGGCAAGCAGCCGGUCAACCCGGGGAACAAACCCACUCCAAGAGCAAGCAUCAGGCCUAUGCUCACUCCAGCGACUGUACCCACACCAACACCCACAGCUACAGUCAUGCCCACCUCUCAGGUGGAGACCCAGGAAGCCAUCCAGUCUACUGAAGGCCCACCAGUGGAGCAUGUGACCGUGUACGGCAGCGCCAGUGGCUCUGUGCGCUCGUCCAGCCCCAAUGUCCAGACGUCUAUGGCCAGCCCCAUGUUGAAUGUUCAGCAGACACAGACACAGACACAGACGACGGCGUUUGUUCAACCAACACAGCAACAGAGCGUGAGCCAUGCAGAGCCAGCCAAUCAGGAGCCACCACUUCUGGUCAUUGAGGCCACGCCCAGUUCACAGGUGGAAUGGCCUUCGACUUCCUCCACCUCAUCUAUGUUUGGAGCUGUUUCAGGAACUUCCUCCAUGUCCAAGAGGCCUCGAGAGGAGGAGGAGAGCAGCAGCAUGGUCACUGACACAGAAGCCCCCCCGGAGGACACCCCCAGGGCCCCUAUACCCAAGAAGCUACGCAUCAUCCAGAGAGUGGGUCCAGAGGAGGAGGUGCUGGUUGAAGACAGUGCUGAGGCUGAAGGCGUCGUGCCAACAGACAGUCAAGACAGUGCAGAGGCAAGUCAGACGGAGGAGUUUCAAGCACUGGAGGAAGGAGAGGACAGCGCAGCCUCCCAGUCCAUGACUUUGGACCAAGAGAUGACCCUGACGCAAAGUGACACCCCCGACCAGCUGUCACAGGAAGUUAUCGUCAUAAUAACAGACACUGAGAGUGAAGAGGAGCAGGAAGAGGAGGAUGAGGAGGAAGACGAGCAGGAAUGCGAUGAGGAGGAAGAGGAGGAAGAUGAAGACGAGGAGGAAGAAGAGGAAGAGGAUGAAGAGGAAGAUGAGGGAGGGAUGGGGGAGGAAGGAGAGGAAAGCAAUGAGGGCAGCGGAGAUGGCAACGAGGCCUAUGAAGAAGAUGACACAGAGGGAGCUGACAUCACAGACCCGGGCACGGAGACUGAGGAGAGUUUGGGGGCGUCUGACUCCACCCAGAGGCCAGCGGAUUCCCAGACACCCAGCUGGAUGGAGAUGUUUUCUGGUGUACCCACGCCCCCGUCGCCACGGAGACCAACGCAGCAGCUGCAAACCCGCCCGAACAUCCACCCUGCCCCAUCGUCAGAACUGGGACCACCUGCUCAGCGCCUGCCUGCUCGUCGUCAGUCAGUGGGCCGAGUCCCUCAGCUCACUCCCGGGGGACCGCAGCACUUCUUCGACGACGACGACAGGAUGGUUCCCAACACUCCCACUCUGGUGGUGCCGCACCGCGACGGGUUCGACCAGGCCGUCCAUUCUCCACAGGUGGCCGGUGUGCCUCGCUUCCGGUUCGGCCCGUCGGACGACGUGCCCCAGACCAGCUCGUCUUCACACUCUGAUCUUGGACAACUGGCAUCACAAGGAGGUCUUGGGCUAUACGAAAGCCCCUUGUUCCUCACAACUCAUGAAGAAGAGUCUGGUGGACGUAGUGUUCCUACCACCCCACUGCAAGUUUCAGCCCCAGUAACCAUCUUCUCCGAGGCGGCUCAGUCUGACAGCAGUGAGCACGCCUCGCAGUCGGUUCCCAUGGUGACCACGUCCACACCCGGCCUGGUGGUGCCAGGAGCAGCCGGCACAGGGGAGGACAGAGAUGAUGUCUUCCUGGAGCCUGACACUGAUAGGUCCGGUGCUGAAGCGUCGUCGGAUCAGGUCGUGUCCCAGGGAGACAUGGAGGAGCAGGCCGGCCCCCCCUCCACCAGCCAGGAGCCCUCCUCCAGCUCCGCAGAUACAAGCAGCGCACCGCAGAGACCCUCCCGACCCGGAACCAGCAGACAGCUGCAGCGCUGGCCGGAGAGCCGGGGCCGGACGAAGAGAGGAGGUAACACCUUCAAAAAAACGUCCCUCGUCCGCGUUCAGAUUCUCGACUCGGUCCUGAUAACCGUUCACGUGUUCUGA